UGCCGCCUCUGCUGUUACCUAAACUGGAAGGCAGCGUGAGAGGAGCGCAGAGAGGCUGGAGCGAGGAGCUCGCAGGAGCGCGUGGGCAAGAGGACUUUGCCCAGGGGAAACAGCCGCCGCCGUCGCCUUUGAUCCCUACAGCAUCACGACGCCUUUUGAUUUUUUGCUGCUGGUCCUUAAUUUGAUCCCUUGCUCUUUUUCUCCUCUCCUUUUUAAAAACCCAUCCUGCCAAACAAAGGAAACAGAAGGAACAUACACACAAAAGCGCGCACGCCUAUUUGCCGGAGGAAGGAGACAUGCGUUCGAUUAGGAAGAGGUGGACUAUCUGCACGAUAAGUAUCCUCCUGAUUUUUUACAAGACAAAAGAGAUUGCGAGAACUGAGGAGCACCAGGAGACACAAGCCAACGGAGACGGUGAGCUAAGUUUAAGUAGAUCAAUGGUCAAUAGCUCUGAUAAAAUAAACCAAAAGAGUGGCUCUUCAAUAUUCCAGCAUUCCGUAGAAAGAUGGAAAAUCAAUUCUUCCUUGGUACUGGAAAUAAGGAAGAACAUUCUUCGUUUCUUGGAUGCAGAAAGAGAUGUCUCAGUAAUCAAAAGCAGCUUCAAGCCAGGAGAUGUCAUCCAUUACGUGCUAGACAGACGCCGCACACUAAAUAUUUCUCAGGAUUUGCACAGUCUUCUUCCUGAAGUUUCACCAAUGAAGAACCGUCGAUUUAAGUCAUGUGCUGUUGUAGGAAAUUCCGGUAUUCUCCUUGAUAGUGGCUGUGGAAAAGAGAUUGACAACCACGAGUUUGUUAUAAGGUGCAAUCUAGCUCCCGUGGUUGAGUAUGCUGCCGAUGUGGGGACUAAAUCAGAUUUUAUUACCAUGAACCCAUCAGUUGUACAAAGAGCAUUUGGAGGCUUUCGGAAUGAGAGUGACAGAGAGAAAUUUGUGCAUAGGCUAUCCAUGCUGAAUGACAGUGUCCUUUGGAUCCCUGCUUUCAUGGUCAAAGGCGGAGAGAAGCAUGUGGAGUGGGUUAAUGCAUUAAUCCUUAAGAAUAAAUUGAAAGUGCGAACUGCCUAUCCAUCACUGAGACUUAUUCAUGCUGUCAGAGGUUAUUGGCUGACCAACAAGGUUUUCAUCAAACGACCUAGCACAGGACUCCUCAUGUACACACUUGCUACGAGGUUCUGCGACGAAAUUCAUCUCUAUGGAUUCUGGCCCUUCCCGAAGGAUAUAAAUGGAAAGCCAGUCAAAUAUCAUUAUUAUGAUGACUUAAAGUAUCGAUUUUUUUCUAAUGCCAGCCCACAUAGGAUGCCAUUAGAGUUUAAAACUUUAAGUAUGUUACAUAACAGAGGAGCACUUAAAUUGACGACGGGGCGGUGUGCGCAGCAAUAAAGCACAAGUCGAGGACUAGGAGAAGUGCCAGAUAUGGGCUUCACCAUGCAGAUUUUAUGGAAGAGCAGUGGGAUCAAAACAGUGGAUUUAUCCCUGUGCACUGUACCAAGCCAUUGGAGAAGAAGGAAGUGCACCGGAACUCCCGUACCAGCCAACAUUUUUACCUGUUGAAGUGCUAAAUCUUGAGUGCAAUGGUUCGAGUAAGUGCCACUUUCUCUAAGAGCAAAGCUUGAAUGUAUAAAAUCAGUAGUGUUUACAAGAUCCAACGAUGCAUUCAUCACCUGUUAAAGAAGCAAAUAGUCCAUUUACUGCUCAUUUGCCAACACGAAGUCUGGCAGCGUGUAACGAAAUACCCAAGAGGUGGGAUCUGCUCUUAAGGAAAUACUUUGCAUUUGGCAUCAACAAUCAAGGCGGAAUUGGCAGAGCAGUGGAUAACAUCACAAACAUCAAGCAAAAUACCUUGAGCUGGGGGCAUCCCUGGUUUUGUAUUAUAACCUUUCUCUUUUUCCUCCCUGUUUUUAAAAUUGUCAUUCAUUUUCUAUGGUGUUUGGGUAUUGGAGCCCCUUAAGGGAUUUUGACAAGAUAAUACUAUGAACAUUUUAAGUAAUCUUCAAGAAGUGGUCUUAGAAGAUCUUAUUUUUUAAACAAAAUCUUCAUUGCAUCUUAUUGCUCAGCUUAUGCAUUGCAGCUGAAGUUGCCAACACGUGACAACUUGCUGCUGCUGUAACACACAGAGCCAGUCACCAGGUUUUGCCCCCGCAUCCCUAUAUCUCAGCACCAGCCACUGCUAGGAACAUGUUCUGCUGGUGAAGGUGAUGUCGGGACGUGUAUGGGAA